AUGUCUUCUUGCUCUCUCAACUCUCAAUUCUCAAUCAAGAUUGACCGCUCCGGAUUGGGCUCCAAAACCUCGAUUAACUUCCAAAUUAGCCAAAAAAUUGCCUUUGCUCUUAAAAGCAUUAACACUGAAAUGUUUGGCCAACAAGUUAUGGGAAUGGGCAUGAAGCAAGGCAUUGGCUGGAGUUUUAUAGGAGGAUCAAGAACCAUCAGCAGAUCAACUCUUGGAGGAAAUGUUCUGUGUAAAAAACGUUCAGCUGUAUAUGCUUCAUGGUUGCCAAGUGCGCAGAUUGCUAGUGGUGCUUUUACAUUGGGAACAGCUGCUGUUCUUCCAUUUUAUACAUUCAUGGUCUUAGCACCAAGAGCUGAGUUUACAAAGAAACUGAUGGAAAAUGGCAUACCAUAUAUUGUUCUUGGAAUUUUAUACGCUUAUCUACUCUAUCUAUCCUGGACACCUGAUACGAUUCGGCUGAUGUUUGCAAGUAAAUACUGGCUUCCAGAGCUGCCUGGUAUAGCUAAGAUGUUCUCCAACGAGAUGACAUUGGCUUCUGCAUGGAUUCACUUGUUGGCUGUAGAUCUUUUCGCUGCAAGACAGGUUUAUUACGAUGGACUUGAGAACAAUGUAGAGACCCGGCAUUCUGUUUCUCUUUGUCUGUUAUUUUGUCCCAUUGGAAUUGUUAGUCAUUUCAUCACCAAAGCUCUAACCAACCAUACAGAUAUAACAGAGAGGAUUCAGUGA